GAGCUUUCCACACUGACCGGCACUCAAGUCCUGCUGCUGGUGGCCAGUGAGACGGGCCAUGUGUACACGUUUGCCACACGGAAGCUGCAGCCCAUGAUCACCAGUGAGACGGGGAAGGCGUUGAUCCAAACAUGCCUCAAUUCCCCAGACUCGCCCCCGCGCUCGGACCCGACCACUGACCAGCGCAUGAGCGCCACGGGCUUUGAGGAGACGGACCUCACCUACCAGGUGUCUGAGUCGGACAGCAGUGGGGAGACCAAGGACGCACUGAAACCAGCGUUCACUGUCACCAACCUGCCGGGGACAACGUCCACCAUCCAGACAGCCCCCACCACCUCGACCUCCAUGCAGGUCAGCAGUGGCCCGUCAUUCCCCAUCACUAAUUACCUGGCGCCAGUGUCUGCCAGCAUCAGCCCCAAUGCCGUCACCAGUGCCAACGGGACAGUGCUGAAGACUACUGGAGCCAGUGCAGUGACAUCUGGGGGCCUCAUGCCGAUACCCACUGGCUUCACCCUCAUGUCAGGUGGUACCAUGGCUCAGCAGGUCCCAGUCCAGGCGAUCCAGGUGCACCAGGCACCGCAGCAAACGUCUCCCUCUAGUGACAGCAGCACUGACCUUACCCAGACCUCUUCCAGUGGAACAGUGACCCUCCCGGCGACCAUCAUGACGUCGUCUGUGCCAACCACGGUGGGUGGCCACAUGAUGUACCCCAGCCCACACGCGGUGAUGUACGCGCCCACAUCUGGCCUUGCGGAUGGUGGACUUGCAGUCCUCAACGCUUUCUCACAGGCCCCCUCAGCGAUGCAGGUGUCCCACGGCCAGGUCCAGGAUCAGGGUGGCGUCCCCCAAGUGUUCCUGACAGCCCCAUCAGGCACCGUUCAGAUCCCAGUCUCAGCUGUCCAGCUUCACCAGAUGGCUGUCAUCGGGCAGCAGAGCAGCAGUGGCAGCAGCCUGACGGAGCUGCAGGUGGUCAACUUGGACACCUCACACAGCGCCAAGAGUGACUGAGAGGCCUCUGCUGCCGGCCUUGUGCUGUCCCUGGCUUGUCAUGCCAGUGCUGGGGCUGGUGGCAAUUCCUUCUCGUACAGACUGCACCAGUUAUUUAUUGUUGCCUUUUCACGUUUCCUUCAUCCACACAUGCACACGCACACACACACGCACCCACCCACCCACACACACACACACAGGCAUGCGCAUGGGGCUGCAGGACCCAUCUGGGGUGGAGCUGUGCUGGGGCCAUGCAGGGCUUAGGGGUGUUUGGAAGCUGUGAUAGCUGUGCUUGUCUCACGCCAGCCAAAGAAACUUGUCUCUUGGGGGGAGGAUUGCUCUGUGCUGUAAAUAAAUACUGUGGGCCAUUCCCAGCUGGAAGCUCUGGCUCCUUCUGGGCACUCCGAGUCACCUUGCCCAUGAGCGUUUGCUCUGCAUGGGGCUCAGCUCAGACCCAGAGCGGUCUUGCGGGCGCAGUUUGGAGCGGAGCAGGCCAAGGCUGUGCUGCUGGCCUCAGCAAUGUGCCUUUGUGGGGGUGACAGGUCCUGGCCUCAGCAACUCGUCCUGGGCUCUGGACAGGGGAGAAUGGCCAGCUUGCAUGUGCAUCUCUAGUUGGGCCUGUGUGCCCUCCCUCUGGAGGGCCGGGCACAGCCUGCAGCAUGUGGCCCUGUCCUCCUCAUAUGCACUACAGUGAGCUCUCUGCCCUCAGUGCCUCCUCACUGGGCUGUCUGGCAGAUUUGCAGCCUGCCUGGCUCUGCCCUGGCAGCUGCCCUCGCACAGCUGAGGUGGUCAGUGGAUGCCCAGGAGUACAACGAUGCCCCAGAGAGCUCCUGGGGGGCUCUGUGGCCAGCCCAGCCCCACACUCUUCUCGCAGCCCUCGCACUGCUUGUGGACUCCGUACAC